GCUUCAGCUUUUUGGGCACUAACAAUUAAAAGUAACGGCAGUUGACGCCACAUUUAACGGUACAUACGAGCAGCGAGUCUCUGUGCAGCUGGACGGACAGCAUGGCGUAUGCUUUACGUACGCUCCGAGUUCUGCUGCUUGCCGCAGCGAGCGUCGCUUUAGGCCCUUCGAGUGGCUCAUUAGCGGGCAGCGAGACUGUGCAACUGACGCCAGCUGAGCGAGUGCUGGCCCAGGUGCCAGCAGCAGCACGCAGCAGUUUUUUGCUCUACCAAUUAGCCACGGCCAUAAAUUCUGGCAACUACCCCGGGCUGGCGCUGGAGGGGGAGCACGAGCAGGAGCUGGAGCAGGAGUUACUUGUAGAGCAUCAAGUGGACUACAGCUGGCCGAACGCAAUGCCAAAUGAAUUUCAGUUUAUGUCGGUCUACGAAGAUUUUCCGCUACAAUUCCAAAACUGGCUAAUGGACGGCUAUGGCCUGAGCGUGCAGGACGUCUAUCAGAGCUGGCCCCGAGCUGCAGCUGCAGCGCGUUCUGCCCAGCGGCAGUUGUGCAAUGACCGCGGCGAAUGCUACGAUGUGGCCGAAAUUUUGGCUGCGUGUUGUCCAUUUUGAGUUUAAGUUAAGUAAGCUCGCAAAUAUAAACACAUACUCGACAUGAUUAAAA